GCCUAGCUCGCAGUCGUAGUAUGAAUUUUGAUGGCUGAGCUAGCAAGAUAGCUGGCCUGGGAAUAUGCGCUACGUACGUACGUACAUGUCCGUGAAUGGACCCACCACGUACGUGCCACCGUGCCACGCCAGGUCUAGGUACCGAGCUAGCUGACGAGUGCGUUUAACGCGUAACGACGGCCGGACGUUUACAGCCAAAAAUCGAAAGGGGUGGAAAACCACACUCCACUGCGUGAUAAUUUGAAUUAAGAGCAAUUCAGUACUAUUAUCUGUUGACAACAAAAGCUGAAUGUGUAUUUAAAAGUUACUGAAAAAAGGCGAAAACGUUUCAUGGCAUCAUGCCGUUUACAAAGGAGGAGAGAGCAAAAUUGAAGGCGGAACGGUUUCGUGCUGAAGUAGCUGAUGAUGGGAGCGAUGCUGAAGGAGAAAAUGUAAAACAAGAAGCAGAGGGCAGUACUGAUGAAAACUCUGUCGGUAGUCUGUUACCUUGCUGUGUUCCAUUUGGUUGUACUGUAGGCAAAAUGGUGAAUGUUCUGGACCCAGACGAUGUGGAAAAAGUCGUGUGCAACAAUGCUGACUGUACACACGGUGAGUUCAUGCACAAAUCAUGCUUUCUUACAUGGGAAGAAGAGGUGCUAACGUAUUUGCGGUCAUCUGGACGGGCCCGCAGCUGGUCUGAAAAACAGAGGCGUCAAAAUCUAUGGACUAAAAAGGGGUACGACUUAGCAUGGAAAGCAUGCUCUUGCCAAUGUGCAAAAGGCCAUUUACGAAAAGAUCUUGACUGGAUUCCUCCAAAGCGUGUGGUCAAUGAAAGUGAAGAGGGCAAUCUUCGUAAACAGCGGAGACGUAAAAAAUCUAGUGACAAACCAAGCAUUGGUAAAGCCACCACUCUUCCUGGCAACUCACAUUCAGGAAGUACAGCAAGUGGGCAUGGUCGUCACCGUCAUGCAUCGGCCUCUUCCAAUGAAAACCAUACCCCACCACAUAGCCCAGUGGUGAAAUCAGACACUGUUUCUUCACCUACUCAGUCACCACACAGUUGUGCACAUUCAUUGUCUUCAAGUCAUCAACAAGGAGUAAAUGCAAGCCAACAGCAUGUGCGAUGCAAGCGCCAAUCUGAAGGGAACAAGAAUGAUGAAUUUGAAUGGCCGCCACCAAGACAAUACAGUAGUUGCUCUGAUGGAGGUGAUAACAUUCUAAAUUCACCAAGUGGACAUGGUGGUGGUUUGGGUUUGUUACCAGGGCAACAUCAUUCUCAGUCUCAAGAAAGUACUGGACAAAAUAAAAACAAUGAAAAGUUAGGACAAAAUAGCAAUAGUCUAUAUUUGCUGCAAACACACUGUCAAAACAAAGGGCAAAGCAAAUUUGAUGUAAGCCAUAAUGUGCCAUUUGUACACCGCGUGGAUCUUUCAAUUUUUGUCAAACUGUUGCCUCCACAAAAGUGCAACCCGUAUCACAUAAGGAUGGAUAGUGACCAGGGACCAGAUGGUGAUGAAGUGAGAGGGUUUGUACUUGGUGCUCUUGCAGCGCACGGAGUUGCGACCAUGAUCUGUUCCAUGUGUCAAAACCGCUUGCCAGUCUUUGAUUGCUACCCUCUAAUUGAUGGAACAUUCUACUUAACACCUCUCAACUACAGUGAUGUAAACUUGCGCUUGGUCCUGAAUGGUCGGGUGCAAUACCUUGGUGCGGUAUGCAUGCAGUGCCUGGAGGGAGUCAAACAUAUUGUAUGUCGCAUCUGUAACUCCCGUUGGGAUGGGAGCCACCACCAACUUGGCACAGUCUACUCCUAUGACAUCUUUGCUGCUUCUCCUUGUUGUCCAGGGCGUGUAAGCUGCAAACAGUGUGGAAAACCAGUUACGGACCCCACUCGUGGCACUCAUUUCUUUAGUGACUACUCUCAGAACAUACCAUGCCCACAUUGCGGUAUUCCAGAUUUUCAUUUUGUGAAACCAUUAAGUAGUUAUGAGGUUCUUUGUCAGGAAGUGAACACGUGUUGAUAAGAAUUAUUGUCUGAAAUUUUCAUAUGAUGCAGGUAUAUAUCGUUGGCCAUAUGAAAUAGAUUAUUACCAGACAUAAAAGUAGACAAGCAUGCAUGCCUCCGAGCUGUAUUGUCUUUUGGUAGAUAUCCAGACUCGCUGAUCACAUAAGUCACGUGGGCAAUUCCAUGGUAAUUUGCAUAACAUUUAGCGGGGGUGCUGUUAUUCUAUAAAGUCAAAGCAUUUAGCGUGGAUUUUUCUCACAGAAGCUCUGUUGAAAUGAAGUCACUAAACUACAAAAAAGAGCCAACAAAAUAAACAUCGGUUGGUUUGGCAAUAAGUAUUUUAUUGGUAACUCGUGUUACAAGAAAAGGACAUGGCAAACAAUUUAAUUUACAUGUAGUGGCUAUCGUUGCAGCAUAGCGUAGCGUUUCAAAGUUGUGCUAUCAUUAUGGCAUUGCAAAACACUAGUCUGAGUAACUUGGACUAUAUGGAUCGCUUUUUUAACAUUUUGACAUGGUCAGGCGAUGGUAGAGUCCGAGAUCGAUGGCCCUAUUGC